CUAAAAGGGGAAGAAGGGGAUCAGCCCAAGGAGGAGGAGGUGGAGGAAGAAGAGGGAAACAAGACAAAUAGCGGGUGGAGUGCAGAGGAGCGUGUCCAGCCAGCAUUCCUGGUCCCCACGGUGCGGGCAGCUGGGAGCCCAGUGCCUGCCCUCCCCGAAGCCCUGCAUCAGGCUGUCGCCUCCCCACAGAAGCCAUGGGCCCGGGGCCUCUGCUGACCUUGCUGGUGGCCACAGCUUGGCACGCUCAAGGGAUCCCGGUGAUAGAACCCAAUGUCAAUGAGCUGGUUGUGACGCCAGGCACGACGGUGGCCCUGCGAUGCGUGAGCAAUGACAGCGUGGAAUGGGACGGCCCCACCUCCUUCCCCUUCUGGACUCUGGAGCCCGAUGUCUCUGGCAGCAUCCUGAUCACGAGAAACGCCACUUUCAGAAACACAGGGACCUAUAGCUGCACUGAGCCCGGAGACCCCCUAGGGGGCAGCGCCAGCAUCCACCUCUACGUCAAAGAUCCUGCCCGGCCCUGGAACCUGCUGGCCAAGGAAGUGACGGUGUUAGAGGGCCAGGACGCCGUGCUGCCCUGCCUGCUCACCGACCCUGCGCUGGAGCCGGCUGUCUCGCUGCAGCGACUGCGUAAACGGCCUCUCUUGAACAAAACCAAGUACUCCUUCUCACCCCGGCGUGGCUUCACGAUCCACAAGGCCAAGUACGUUGAGAGUCAGGAUUACCAAUGCCGCGUUCAAGUAGGCAGCACGACUGUGACAUCACUCGGCAUCCGUCUUAACGUGCAGAAAGUUAUCCUAGGGCCCCCAUCUGUGACGCUGGAGCCUUCAGAGCUAGUGCGGAUUCGAGGAGAGGCUGCCCAGAUUGUGUGCUCAGCCAGCAAUGUUGAGGUCAACUUUGAACUCAUCCUCCAAAGAGGAAACACCAAGCUCGAAAUCCCUGUACGCAGUGACUUCCAUGAUGACCGCUACCACAAAGUCCUGACCCUCAACUUCACUCAAGUAGGCUUCCAGGAUGCUGGCAACUACUCCUGCAUGGCCAUCAACAGCCAGGGCAUCAGCUCCACCUCCAUGGUCUUCCUGGUGGUAGAGCGUGCCUAUGUGAACUUGACCUCUGAGCAGAACCUCCUCCAGGAGGUGGCCCUGGGUAAGAAGAUCAACCUCCAAGUCAUAGUGGAGGCCUACCCGGACCUACAAGGCUUGAACUGGACCUAUGGGGGACCCUUCUCGGACCACCAGCCCAAGCUCAAUUUUGUCACCGUCAAGGAUACAUACAGGUACACCUCCACGCUCUCCCUGCCUCGCCUGAAGCCCUCGGAGGCCGGCCUCUACUCCCUAACGGCCAGAAACGCCGGAAGCGAGAAUAACCUGACCUUCGAGCUCACCCUUCGAUACCCCCCAGAGGUGAGGAUCACAUGGAACAUCGUCAAUGGCUCUGAAGCCGUGCUCUGUGAGGCCUCUGGGUACCCCCAGCCCAACGUGACGUGGGUACAGUGCAGGGGCCAUACUGACAGAUGUGAUGAGGCCCAAGUGCUGCUGGUCUCUGAAGACCCACACCCCAAGGUCCUGAGCCGGCAGCCCUUCCACAGGGUGACUGUCCAGAGCCUGUGGGCCAUGGACACCUUGGAACACAACAGGACGUACGAGUGCAGGGCCUUCAACAGCGCGGGGAACAGCUCCUCCACCUUCCAGCCCAUCUCCGUGGGAUUCUCCAAACAGCUCCCUGAUGAGCCCUUCUUCACACCUGUGCUGGUGGCCUGCAUAUCCCUCAUGGCCUCGCUGCUGCUGCUGCUCUUGCUGCUUCUGUACAAGUACAAGCAGAAGCCCAAGUAUCAGGUGCGCUGGAAGAUCAUUGAGAGCUACGAGGGCAACAAUUACACGUUCAUUGAUCCCACCCAGCUGCCCUACAACGAGCAGUGGGAGUUCCCCCGAAACAACCUGCAGUUCGGUAAGACCCUCGGAGCUGGCGCCUUUGGGAAGGUGGUAGAGGCCACGGCCUUUGGUCUGGGCAAGGAAGAUGCUGUCCUGAAGGUGGCUGUGAAGAUGCUGAAGUCCACAGCUCACGCCGAUGAGAAGGAGGCCCUCAUGUCGGAGCUGAAGAUCAUGAGUCAUCUGGGCCAGCACGAGAACAUAGUCAACCUUCUGGGAGCCUGCACCCAUGGAGGUCCUGUCCUGGUCAUCACUGAGUACUGUUGCUAUGGUGACCUGCUCAACUUUCUGCGGAAGAAGGCCGAGGCCAUGCUGGGGCCCAGCCUGAGUCCAGGCCAGGAUCCCGGCUACAAGAACAUCCACCUGGAGAAGAAAUACACCCACAGGGCCUCUCUCUUACAUAGGGACAGUGGCUUCUCCAGCCAGGGAGUGGACACCUACGUGGAGAUGAGGCCUGUCUCCACUUCUUCAAGUGACUCCUCUGAGCAAGAUGCGGACAAGGAUGAGUGGCCGCUGGAGCUGCAGGACCUGCUUCACUUCUCGAGCCAGGUGGCCCAGGGCAUGGCCUUCCUCACUUCUAAGAAUUGCAUUCACCGAGACGUGGCAGCCCGGAAUGUGCUGCUGACCAGCGGCCGUGUGGCCAAGAUUGGGGACUUUGGGCUGGCCAGAGACAUCAUGAAUGACUCCAAUUACAUCGUCAAGGGCAAUGCCCGCCUGCCGGUGAAGUGGAUGGCUCCAGAGAGCAUCUUCGACUGCGUCUACACAGUUCAGAGUGACGUCUGGUCCUACGGCAUCCUCCUCUGGGAGAUCUUCUCACUUGGGCUGAACCCCUACCCUGGCAUCCUGGUGAACAACAAGUUCUACAAACUGGUCAAGGAUGGAUAUCAAAUGGCCCAGCCUGCAUUUGCUCCAAAGAACAUAUACAGCAUCAUGCAGGCAUGCUGGUCCCUGGAGCCCACCCACAGACCCACGUUCCAGCAGAUCUGCCUCCUCCUUCAGGAACAGGCCCAAGAGGACGACAGGGCGCAGGACUAUACUAACCUCUCCAGCGGCAGUGGCGACAGCACCGGCGGCGACAGCGGCAGUGGCAGCAGCAGUGAGCAGGAGAGCUCUAGUGAGCCGCCAGCCUGCUGUGAGCAGGGGGACAUGGCCCAGCCCUUGCUGCAGCCUAACAACUACCAGUUCUGCUGAGGUGCCGGCAGGGCAGCACUGCCCGUGCCCCCUCUGAGUGUCACCUCCUCUGUGCGUGGGGCCCCACAGGGAGAACACGGACUCUGCCCUCGUCUUUUCACUCAACAGCCCGGCCCAGCUCUGAAACCCAGGAUGUGGGACCCACGAGAGAUCCUGGAGGACCCCACUUCCAGGACCUGGGCCAUCACUGCCAUAAAGGGGCUGGGGCUGAGCCCCUCCCCGCCCACUAUUCUCAAUGCUGUGGCUAUACAUUCGCUACACCAACUUAGACAACCUGAGGCACAGCCUCUUAACCUUGUUCCCAUUUCCAGGAACCCUCCCCUGCUCCCUGCCUCUCCCAGUGUCAAUGGACUGGUUUCACACCUGGGAAGUCCCCAGGAGCUGUCCCAACAUUAAGAAAACAACACUCCUGGGCCUGAGAGUAGAGGGAGCCCCCCCCCCCCAAACCAAAUGGAGCAGCAAGAACAGACAGGUGCUCAGACGUGGCACUAGGCCGAGACCUUUGGAGCAGGGUGCCUCCUCUGUAAGCAUCUACUUGUACCUCCUGCUCCCUGCCCUCUGGUUUUUCCUCCACAGCCCCAUCCCACCCUGGACCUGGCAUUGCUAUAAUGAGCAGCUAAAAGUCUGGGCAUUCUACCCGUGUGGCUGGCCACACCAAGCAAACAGCACGCACUUCCCCAAGCUGACUCAUCACAACUAACAGUCACGCUGCGGGUUGUCCCUGUCAGCAUUAAACUAACAGCAUUAACACA